AUGCUCUUCACUAUCAUUGUCCUCUCGGAGGCUCUUGCAGCUUCUGUAGCUGCACGUCCUAUUGUCGUCUCCCCCGACGUUUCCCCCGUCGUCUCCCCUGACGUCCCUUACGACUGGGCGCCAGUGUUCAGACAUGGCAAACUCCCCAUUGCUGUUGAUAUUAUAGCAGGGGACGAAGUCACAGAUGAGCCCGACCUUCAACCUAGGGACGAGGCCGUGCUUGGCUUAGAUGAUCAAGAUGCCGGGAUGUCCAAUCAGCAGUACGACAAGGAGAUAACUGACGUCCCUCUCAACAAUGCCGUUUCCAUCGCCCCAAGGGACAAAAAGCCCUCGAAAGCUCAGAUCAAGGCCGACGACAAGAAGUUUCACAGGGAUCAACUGAAACCAAACGACGCAAAAUACAUCAACAACCUCGACAGACUCAAUGCUAAAAAAUGUGGUGGAAACUGCCAAAACUCCCUAGACUCUCAACGCUCCAGGCAGAGCAAGGCACUAAAAGCGAAGGAGGGCCAACCAAAGCUCCCCGGCUCCAGAGCAUCAAGAGGAGAAGUCAACACUAAAAAGGAUGACUACAAUCACGAUCUGAAUCACCUGCGUCAGGACAGAGGUGACAUAGGUCCAAAUGGUAAGAAGUCCCUCGACUCGUGGCAUUCAGUAGAAUCCGCCAAUUCGAAGGCAUCGAAGGUAUCGAGAGCAAAGAAAGAAGCAGCAGCCAAAGGAGGUCAUCAUGGCUGA